UAUCUCUCGCGUACGCAUACACGUGGCAGACAGCCAAAGCUCCAUCCUCAAUAGCAGUAAAAACUUUCCUUCUCCUGCGUUUGCGUGCUCCGUCUGAACUGAGAAUCGGCCUUCUCAGCUCCUCCUCGAUCCACUCACUCAAAUUUCGACUGUUCAGUAAGAGAACAGCCGAUAGGGAGAUGGAGUUGUGAAACCAGUGAUUUUCUUGUUCUCCAAAAGGAAAAAGAACAUGCAGGGUUGCGCUGUUAAUAAGUCACCACCAAUCAUUUCAAGAGGGAAGCUUCCUUUUUGUGUCCUUGUAGGCUCAUUACCAUGUUUUCGUACCAUAUCGACAAAGCCUCUCUCUCCCUCAUUAAGAUGUAGACAAAUAUCAAGGUUGCAUUCAGCAUGCUGCAGAUUUAGAGCGCAAGCAUCCAAUGUUAGUAUUGGAUCUGGAGGCUAUGAAGGUAGAGAGGAGAAACAUGAUCAAGAGAGUUAUGUCAAUGAUCCGUCUGGUGACGGCUCAACUAAUAUUGUGAAGCCUCCCACUCGAAUCUCUUAUCCUUUGUCUGUAGUCCUUGUGCUAUUUGGAUGUGCUUUACUAUUUUCACUGAUUGCCUUCGGGAAGGGAGGGUCAUCAUCAGCCUUAGCAGCAAUUGCAAAGUCUGGAUUUACUGCUGCUUUCUCGUUAAUAUUUGUCUCUGAAAUAGGGGACAAGACGUUCUUUAUUGCUGCACUCUUGGCCAUGCAAUACGAGAAGGCACUGGUUCUUUUGGGGUCAAUGGCUGCUCUGUCUCUUAUGACAAUUUUGUCAGUUAUAAUUGGGAGAAUUUUUCAGUCUGUGCCUGCUCAGUUCCAGACUACUUUGCCAAUUGGAGAAUAUGCGGCAGUGGCUCUUCUAUUGUUUUUUGGUCUAAAAUCUAUUAAAGAUGCAUGGGACCUUCCAUCUAGUGAUGUAAAGAGGGGUGAGAAAAAUGGCCCUGAACUUGAUGAACUAGCUGAAGCUGAGGAACUUGUGAAAGAAAAGGUGACCAAACGACUGUCAAAUCCACUUGAAAUUCUCUGGAAGUCAUUCAGCCUUGUAUUCUUUGCUGAAUGGGGGGACCGCUCAAUGCUUGCAACAAUUGCUCUUGCUGCUGCACAGUCUCCAUGGGGCGUGGCAAGCGGAGCCAUUGCUGGACAUCUAGUUGCAACAUCGCUGGCAAUUCUAGGAGGAGCAUUUCUUGCAAAUUAUGUUUCAGAAAAACUGGUUGGCUACUUGGGAGGAUUCUUGUUUCUAGGUUUUGCUGCCGCCACAUUUUUUGGAGUUUUCUGAUAAAUCAUCGGGAACUCGAAGAGAGAGAAA